ACCCUACACACUUCUCUGUUUCUUUUGACGGAAACAAAAGAGAGAAGAAAAAAAAAAAAAAAAGGAAAAAAGACCGAAGAAAAAAAAAAAGAGAAAGAGAAAACAAGAGGGAAGGAAAUGGUCGUUGUUGAUGAUGAUAUGGUGGAGAUGAGCAUCAUGGUCGCUUCUGGAGCCCCCUCUUCCUCUCGAUUCCCUGAUGCUUAUCCCAAAAGGGGUUUGAUGGAGGGGAGAUAUACUGGGGAUUGAUUGAUUUGAUUGAAGGUCUUUAUGAGGUUGUUUUGUUGAAUUGUUUGUAUUGGGGAUGGCAAAAUAUUCAAUCCCACCAGCAACAAAACCCCUUACCAAGGAGAUGAGCUAAGAUAUGGGAGAUUCUCUGCUCACAGCCCUUUCAAUGGAGAAUCAUCAUCCAUCUACGCUCUUGUCAAUGGAUUCCAGUGCCUCCUCGCACGACGAUUUGGAUUUGGAGAUGAACCGACAAAUCAUUCUUACCCGUCCGCCCGAUAUCAAUUUACCCUUGUCAGCUGAGCGCAGCCCGCCUCCGCAGCCGUGGAAUUCCGACCCCUGUGAUAUUCUAGAGGUUGGGCUUGCUCCACAAGUUUAUGAGACCGAGAGUUUCCUUACUGUCCCCAAGGCUGGAAGGAAAUGUGCCAAGCGGGUUGAUAGCAUUUGGGGUGCUUGGGUUUUCUUUAGCUUUUACUUUAAGCCUGCAUUGAAUGAGAAAUCGAAGGCCAAGAUUAUCCGGGACAGCAAUGGGGUGUCUGGGUUUGACAAAUCUGAUCUCAAGCUUGAUGUUUUCAUGGUUCAGCAUGACAUGGAGAAUAUGUACAUGUGGGUUUUCAAGGAGAGGCCCGAGAAUGCAUUGGGUAAGAUGCAGCUCAGGAGUUACAUGAAUGGGCAUUCUCGUCAAGGAGAGCGUCCAUUUCCCUUUAGCGUCGAUAAGGGUUUCGUCCGAUCCCACAGGAUGCAACGGAAGCACUAUAGGGGUCUGUCAAAUCCCCAGUGUGUGCAUGGGGUUGAGGUUGUUCCAUCACCCAGUCUCAUGGGUCUUGAUGAGGAAGAGCGGAAGAGAUGGAUGGAACUCACUGGCAGGGACCUGAACUUCUCAAUCCCACAAGAAGCAAGUGAUUUUAGUUCAUGGAGAAACCUUCCCAACACAGAAUUUGAGCUUGAGAGGCCAGCUCCUCCAAUAAAGAAUGCCUCCAAUUCCCACUCAAAGAAAUUGCUUAAUGGUUCUGGCCUGAAUUUGUCAACUCAACCGUCUAACCAUGUUAAUGGCGAUGCAAUGGACCUAUCACCUGUCAGCGGCAAGAGGAGGAAGGACUUUUUCCCACAUGGGAAUGAUGAUGAUUGCUUCUUGGCUGUCAAUCCUCCCUCUGAUCGAAUUCCAGAUAUGGAAAUUCACCCUAAUGAGCCGCACUGGUUGAAUGACUUUAGUGGGGUAAUGAAAGAUGUCUAUGGGCCUGUUACAGCUGCAAAAACAAUAUACGAGGAUAAAGAAGGGUAUCUUAUCAUUAUCAGCUUGCCCUUUGUGGAUCUUCAGAGGGUGAAAGUUUCUUGGAGAAAUACUCUCACUCAUGGUAUCAUAAAGGUAUCUUGUGUGAGCACAUCUCGCAAGCCAUUCAUCAAGCGGCAUGAUAGGACGUUCAAGCUUACAGAUCCAUCUUCUGAACACUGCCCGCCAGGGGAAUUUGUUAGAGAAAUACCGCUUUCAACCCGAAUUCCUGAAGAUGCUAACAUAGAAGCUUAUUAUGAUGGACCAGGAUCUGUGCUUGAGAUUAUGGUGCCAAAACUUCGUGUGGGGCCUGAAGAACAUGAGGUUCGUGUUUGCCUUCGCCCUCACCUAGGAGGCAAUGAUCUUAUGUUGACUUGAGAUAAGCGUUUAUUUAGAAUUGUAAGGGUUGUUGCCAUACCAUGGUGCUGCAUUGUUUUACUAACUUUUGUACCAUACAGUGUAUUCUAUGACACGAAAUGCGCAUCAUCUCACAUUUGCCUGUUAGUAAUUUUUGCUCACUAACUGCUGUGGUAUUUAUGCCCAUGAAUCUGGUCAGCUGUUUACUGUAAUGAUUCUUGAUUCUUCAACUUACAGUCAGAUUCUAGUUAUUUAUGAAGUUAUUAUAUCUUCACUUAAAUUA